CUUAUAAAGAAUGGUUUCGCUUUGAAGAAAGUACCCGAAAAUUUAGAUGCAAUUGUUAUUGGUAGUGGUGUUGGUGGUUUAUCUGUUGCAGCAACUUUAGCUCGAGCUGGGAAGAAAGUCUUAGUAUUAGAGCAACACGAUCAAGCUGGCGGUUGUUGUCACACUUUCUACGAAAAAGGGUAUGAAUUCGAUACCGGUAUUCAUUACAUUGGUCAAAUGCAUUCCAAUAAGAGCUUAAGCAAGUUCUAUUUGGAUCAGUGUAGCGAUGGUCAAAUCGGUUGGUGUCCAAUGGAUCAAGCAUUCGAUAUCGCAUCUUUUGGUAAACCGGAAGAGAGCCGAAAGUAUCGAAUUUUGUCAGAUGUAGAGUCUUACAAGAAACAGCUCUCAGAGUAUUUUCCCGAGGAGAAAGAUGCUAUUGAGAAAUAUGUACAGCUCGUAAAGGAAACAAGCAGAAAUAGUGCUGGUAUGUUUAUAGUUAAAUUACUUCCAAAAUGGGUAAUAUCAGGUCUCUCAGCGACUGGAUUGUUGGGCGUAAUUACAAAAUUUUUUAAGUCUUCGAAUCGGAGCACUUUGGAAGUUGUAUCAGGAUUGACUAAGAACAAAGACCUACAAGCCGUCUUCAGUUAUAUUUAUGGCGAUUAUGGUACUGCGCCUAAAAAUUCGAGUUUUGCAAUACAUGGCCUGUUAGUUAAUCACUAUAUGAAGGGAGCGUUUUAUCCACUUGGAGGUCCUGCGGAGAUAACAUAUCAUAUGGUUUCGUUCAUUAAUAAAAGUCAUGGUAAAGUCCUAGUCAGAGCGAAAGUAUCAGAAAUCUUGCUCGAUGAUAACCAGAAAGCUGUUGGCGUUCGUGUCGUUAAAGGAGGAGAAAGUCAUUGUAUAUAUGCACCUUGCAUUGUAUCGGAUGCUGGUGUCUACAAUACUUUCGAGAAGCUUUUACCCCAAUCUAUAACAGAUAGAUCUAGAGAAAAAUUUGGGCAUCUACAUUAUGCGAAGCAUGGCGUCAGCUACAUGUCGGUAUUUGUAGGAUUAAAGGGAGACAGUAAGACGCUUAAUUUACCAAAUAGUAACUUAUGGGCGUAUGAUAGCAAUAAUCUUAGCGAAGAUAUGGAAGAGUAUUUAUCAAUGAGUGCUGCUGAGGCUGCAAGCAAUGUUCCUAUGAUGUUCGUCUCUUUUCCUUCCGCAAAAGAUACUUCAUGGCAAGAGCGUUUUCCCAAUAAGUCAGCCUGUGUAAUUGUGACUCUAGCUAAUUACGAGUGGUUCGAACAAUGGGAACAGGAAAGGGUUAUGCAUCGUGGUGAAGAUUACGAUUCCUUGAAAGAAGAAUUCGGUAGAAAUAUUUGGGACAAGGCAUGCAGAUUUUUUCCACAACUUCGCGAUUGUGUUGACUACUUUGAUAUCAGCUCGCCGCUUACACAUAAGUAUUACUUAAAUGCUGAUAGAGGCGACUGUUAUGGCAUUGAUCACGACAUUAGUCGCUUUACUUUGGAGAGCACAACGUCAUUAAGAUCUAAAACUGACAUACCUGGGCUUUAUUUAACCGGACAAGAUAUUUUCAUCGAUGGUUUUACUGGUGCACUAAUGAGCGGAUUAGGAUGUUCUUGCUCGAUAUUAGGGAGAAAUUUGGUUAGUGAAUUAACAAAGAAAAUGAAAGCUUAG